AGCGAUAUGGAUGAUUGAAAAAAGUAUAAAUAUCGAUAGAACAUUGUGUCAUCAAGAGAUCAUGUUUGACUAGAAGGUGUUAAUGUGAUUUCAGUCUUAUUUCUACGGAUAAGUGUCGUGAAGCGAGCUAAAUUAAACCCAUCUAGGAUGAUUAAAAAAUGUAUUAUGUUUUUUUCACACAUAGAUGCAAUUGAUGAUGAAGAUGUGUUUGAUGAUGAAACAAUUAAUGAGGAAAAUAACAAUGAAGAACAGUUUCAAGUUCAACCGACGGAAGAUAAAAGCAAUUUCAUUCUUGUUAAUACACGCAUUGAUUAUCAAUGUCGUUCCGACAACCUCAAUAACAUAUGUUUAUAUGAUUUCGUCAGCACAUUUUAUAAGAAAAAAAUUAAUGAAACAGAUUUAAGAUAUUUAUCAAAAUCGUCUACAGCAGAAGAGCGACAAGAUAAUCAAAGAGGUCGACCAGCUAAUGAACGAUUUUCUUUUCAAAAAGACCAUCCUCAAGCAGUAACACAUCUACUCAUGAAAUACAGUGAGGUACAUGUACCUGUUCUUUAUGGUCCUCAGAUUCCUCGACAAGAUCGUGAUGAUACUCGCGAACGGUAUAAUCGUGCACUUCUUACACUUUUUGUACCAUGGCGCAAUGUAAUUGAUCUUUGCGACGUCAAUCAAACAUGGGAAGAUGCAUUCGAAUCUCGAAAAAGUCUUAUUUCUACUCAUUCUUGGAAGAUUGUAGAAAAUAUUCAACUUUUACAUGAAUGUAAAAAAGAUCGUGAUGAACAUCUACUUCAAGUUAUUGCUGAAGCACAAGUUGAUAAUGAUUCGAUUGAUCCUGUAUUAUUACCAUCAAAUCAAGGCGCUGAUGGUGAAUACGAAGUAGAUGAUAUCGAUGGUCUAAUUCAAUUAAUAGGCAGUGUAAAUGAAUUCACAGCUGCUACAACCAAUGCCACGAAAAAAUCAACAGAAAAUGUUUAUAUUCGAGAAACUGUCGAAGCAGUGGAAAAAGGUGGACGGUUUAAUCACAUGAAUCAACAUGAUCAACGUGUUUCAGAUACAUCCAUUGAUCGACAGAUUAUACCGUUUAUUUCCGCAACGCCUAAUCUAAUCAAACUUAAUUCAAAAUGUUUAAUUUCGGGCAAACAUAACGAAGAUGGUAAUAUUUUGGAUUUUAAUGCUGUAACAGAUGCUGUUGUAACAGUCAUGAAUCCAUAUAAUAAUCAAAACAAAAUUGAAAAAUAUCCAUCAAUUCCUACAGUACUUGUAGUUGAAAACAAUCUCUCAACUCAAAAUAAUAUUAUUCGAGAAUUUACAUUGAACAAAGAACAAAGAGCUGCAUUCUUAAUCAUAACAAAUCAUCUUGAUGGUGAUAGUCGAUGUCGCACAGGUGAUAAUAGUGGUCAACUCAUUAUGUGUAUACCUGGCUGUGGUGGAACAGGCAAAUCACAAUUGAUUCGUGCUGUUACAAAAUAUUUUCUUGUCACAAAAAGAAUACACAUGAUGCGGAAAGUGGCACCUACUGGAAUUGCAGCUGCUGAAAUCGAUGGCAUGACAAUUCAUUCAUUUUUAGGUGAACAACGCCAUUCAGGAAAGCCACGUACCAUCAAACCAGGUGAUUCCAAACUUGAUAAAGAAUGGAGACCUGUCGAAUACCUUUUAAUCGAUGAAAUGAGUAUGGUUGGCUUAACUUUAUUAGGAAAACUCAAUAGAAUUAUAUGCGCUGCAAAACAUGUUGAUCCUCAAGUUCCAUUUGGUGGUGUGAACGUAAUCUUCUUUGGUGAUUAUUUACAAUAUCGACCAGUGUAUGAUUCACCAUUACACACCGAUUUUUCAUUACCAUCAAAAAAGAAACAAGAAAAAGCAUUAUCGGAAAAAGAAAUCCAACAACGUGUUGCACGUUCUUUAGUUCUUCAAAUGAAUUGUGUUGUAAAACUUACACAACAGAUGCGAACAGAAGAUGUACGAUAUCUUCAAUUACUCGAUCGACUUCGUUGUGGACAAUGUAAUUAUGACGACUAUGAAUUAUUGCAAACACGAGUUGUUGGACAACCAUCAAUCGAAUCUUUACAUGAUUCACCAUGGAACAAAGCGCCUAUUCUCGUGUUUCGAAAUGAAGUUCGCACUCAAAUAAAUAAUAAGGCUGCAAUUCACAAUGCAAUACAGAUGGAUCGUCCACCAAUGGUAUGUGUUGCUCAAGAUACUUGUAAAGGCAAAGCAAUCGAAGAUCCAAUAUUGCUUACAAAAUUAUUAGAAUUGUCUGACAGCAAGACAGAACAUUUACCUGGUCUAUUACCUUUUGUACCAGGCAUGCCUGUCAUUUUAACACAAAAUAUUGCUACUGAAUUAGGUCUCAUCAAUGGUAUUAAUGGAAUCUUUCGGCAAUUAGUAUAUCAUGAAGAAUCUGUAUCAACAGGAAAUUUAUCAGAAAUGUUUCCAAAUAAUACAAAAUAUAUACGUCGACCAAUAUAUGCUUUGAUCGAGAUUGUUAAAUCGAAGAUUGAAAGCAAACUUCAAGAUCUUCAACCAAAACUUAUACCAAUUCCGUUGGUAGAACAAACAUUUCGGGUUGACGUUGCCGAUAUUCUUCCAAAAGAUAAGAAACCAAAAUCAAAUCAAAAGACAAUGUUAUCAAUCAAGCGAGCUGCGCUACCACUUGUGCCUGCUUAUUGUAUUACAACACAUAAAAGCCAAGGGCAAACGUUGAACAAAGUGGUUGUUGAUUUGAAAUUGCCAAAUGAUACUGAUGAUAUUGCAGCAGUAUAUGUUCCACUCUCUCGUGUAAAACGUUUGGUUGAUCUAGUUAUUCUGCGGCCAUUCGAUCAAAAAGUAUUACUUAUGAAACCAAAUAAAUCUCAAGUUGCUGAAAUAGAACGACUUGAUCAAAUAUACGUGAAGACACGAUUGCGUUUCUCAGAAUGGUUUCAAUAA